GUAAGGGAAACCAAACGCAAACAAAAGACAGUUAAGUCCCAGUCCCGUGACAAUCAUGUGACAUUCCCUAGAGAGUUAUGUCAUUUCAAAUCCCCGUAACAUGUCUCUCGUGAGAAGUCUUGUUGCGUUUGCGUUCGCAUUUUUCGUGGCAGUGAGUCCACUGGAGGCAAAAAAGCGAAAAUCAUCUCCUCCGCACAUUUUGUUUAUGCUUGCUGAUGAUCUCGGGUGGAUCGACGUUGGAUUUCAUGGAUCAAAAAUCAACACUCCAACCAUUGACUCGUUGGCCAAAGAAGGGGUCAUACUCGACAAUUAUUAUGUUCAACCUGUUUGUACACCAGCCAGAGGAGCACUUAUGACUGGAAGGUAUCCCAUUCACACAGGACUUCAGCAUGAAGUGGUUCACCCCACAAAUCCAUUUGGAUUGCCAUUAGAUUUUCAGACCCUUCCAGAACAGCUAAAGAAAGUUGGUUACGCGACUCAUUUGGUUGGCAAGUGGCAUCUUGGUUUCUACAAAUGGCCUUAUGUUCCAACCAACCGUGGUUUUGACUCCGCUUAUGGAUUCUGGGAUGGUGCUGAAGAUCAUUAUGAUCACACGCGUGACAAAGUGGUUGAUUUUCGCAACGGAACCGAACCUGUUUUAGACCUGAACGGAAAAUAUGCAACAUUCGAAUAUGUCAAGAGGAUAGAGGAGAUUUUGGAUCAACAUGACCCAAAACAGCCCCUGUUCCUGUACAUGGCCUUCCAGAAUGUUCAUAAUCCCAUCCAGGCACCAGACCAGUAUGUGGACAAAUUCUCGUUUAUUCAUCAAAAGAUGCGCCGAGUGCAUGCUGGAAUGGUCGCUGUACUGGACGAAGCUGUUGGCAACAUCACGAAAAUGUUUAAAAAGAAAGGGCUAUGGGAGAACACUUUAACAGUCUUCAGCACUGAUAAUGGUGGAGAACCUACGUUUGGCGGAUAUAACUGGCCUCUUAGAGGAACAAAACAUACCUUAUGGGAGGGAGGAGUGAGAGGUGCUGCUUUUGUCCAUGGAAAAAUGUUAGAAAAGACCGGUGUGAAAUGCGAAGGACUUCUACACAUCAGCGACUUCUUUCCUACUCUCAUCAACCUUGCAGGUGGUUCGUACGAUGCAAAACAUCCUAUCCCCAUUGAUGGCUUUGAUGUGUGGAGCACUUUGUCACGUGGAGAAGCUUCACCUCGAACAGAAAUCUUGCUUAACAUCGAUAAUCCACCAUCUGGGACAAGUAAAAUGUUGGGAGUCAACUGGCAAGGAAUGGCUCUUCGGAAGGGAAGCAUGAAGCUUUUGAUGAAUGUUAAAAAUAUCACCUGGUUUAAACCACCCGAGCUGGGCGGAGUUCCAGUUGAUGUUCUUUUGUCUAAAGGGUUUCUUAAAGAUGAGACAAAUGAAGAGAUUCUGGAGCAGUUGAGGAUCUAUUACAUGGGAAAUGCGGACCUUUUGGACGUUGUACUUUAUAACAUCACAGCUGAUCCCGAAGAGCGACACGACCUCAGCACCGAGUUACCUGAUGUUCUAAAGGAGAUGAAAGAUAGAAUGAAUUAUUACCUAAAGACUGCAGUUCCUGCCGCCUUCAAACCUGCUGACCCAAAUGCACUAAAAGAGGCUCGUAAGCAUGGCAUUUGGGGACCGUGGAUGUAGAUCGGAGCUGGUCGCAUCAAGCACGUCGAGAGUAAAGAGAGAGAAAACUGUUUUACUCAAAUAGGUAUUUUACAUUUGUAGAAUAUCAAAGGCAAACGUUGUUUUUCGUUACAAUUUUAUGGAUUCCAAGUCACUUUGUGAAUGGUAUCCCUAGUUUUACAAGCCAUUACAUUGUUAAUAGCACAAGUGAGUGAGUUUUAGCCACUGAUUUUUAAUAGCAUGUCUUAAAACAGGAUUAUCGACUGUAAAUGUAAUAAUGGUGGGGAAGACAAAAGUGACAAGUAAGAAUGAUUUCGGAGUCGCCUUAUUUUUUGACUAGCGGUAGCUACAAUCAAAUUUGUACUUUGAUGUAAUGGAAACCACAAUAAAUGCCUUUGUCUGAUUUA